AACUACUAGUACUUGCACAAAUGUGGAUUACUGACAGAUCCAUAUUUUCUGGGAUAAUGAAUAUUUACUUGUCAAGAACGGAAGAUCCUGACCACUUCCGCUGGCGUAGGGUAUUUUUUAAAAUUUCACCAAGUAUUUACAAUGAUCUAUACCUUAUAUAUUUUUGAUCCCAAUGGCUGCUGCAUUUUCUACAAGGAAUGGGCUCGCAAGCGUCACUUGAAAAUGGCAAAGGAGGAGGAGUUCAAGUUGAUGUAUGGUUUAAUCGCAUCUAUAAAGUCCUUUGUAUCCAGAAUUUCUCCCACAGAAAUGAAAGAUGGAUUCCAGUCGUAUGCCACGGACAAAUAUCGUCUGCAUUUUUUCGAGUCGCCUACAUCGUUGAAAUUUGUGAUGAUGUCUGAUCUCGCUGCUGUUUCCCUCAAAGAGCUUCUUAAUUCUAUAUAUGUGGCUUAUGUGGAAACCGUAUGCCGCAAUGUACUGGUUCCUGCCCGUGGCAGAAUGAUCGACAGUCAGUUUUUUAUCGCGCGACUGGAAUUUGUAGUCAGUCAGUCGCCGUAUUUCACGUCCAAAGCACAAUCAUAGCACAUAUUUUGUAGGUGGUUAACUUAUAACAGUAGUUACAGUACAGUAUAGCUUUAUUUAUUAACCUAUACCCUACAUGCACUACUCGUAUGCUUGAACGAUUCUAUAUGAUGCAUUGUGCACUGUAUUUUUGUCAAAAUAUAGUGUUUUACCAGAUUUGUGUUUCCAGAUUAAACUUACAGAACUUUACCAUUUGUUUCUUGUUAGAAUUACGUUCGGAAAUCUUCCAUUAAUUCCAAACUUCUGUGUAUUGCCAUUUUCGAUCGUAGCUUCUGCUGCAGUUACAUUCGGCGCCCUGCAGUUACUGUACUUGAUCGGUACAGACCGUAAACGAUGGUCGGUUGUCAUAAAUGAGAAAAUAAAUACUUUGAACGACAAUUGCUGUGGCCUGUGAGUUUUGUUAGCUCCUUACUAGCAUUUUCAGUAUACGAAAUAUUAAUAUUAUGGUAAAUUUUAUUGUUCGAAAUCUGUGUGUGGACAGCGGACAGUAGGUGGAUUAUCCAGGUGUUAAUUCACGGGUUACUAUCAUCCCAGGCUGUCCACAUUCCGUUGUGCAAUUUGGGAUCGGCUCGGGCGUCAAACGGUUUCUGCCGGCCGGCUAUGGCACUUUUGCUGUACUGGGCAAUUGUCCCUAAUAGCUGCGUCAUAAUUCCCGGUUGCUCAUUUGCGACGUUGUCCGUUUCACAUGGAUCGUUCGUCAAAUCGUAAAGGCAGUAUCUCACUGUACCGUCGCACGAUCGUUUUUCUGUUAGUGCCGCUGGCGCACACUUAAUGGAAGCGUUGGAUUCUUGCCGCCGGGGAAAAGUAUCAGAAGUACCAGGAGGACGAUACCUACAACGAAAAUUUAUCAGGACCAAUUAGCAGUUUCCAGUUGCUAGUUACUAGUACCGCUUGACCAGCUACUUCGUCGACAUUAAUCAAAAUGUCUGUACGAGCUGGUUGAUCAUUGUGACCUAAAAUUUGUUUCCAUUGACUUUUGCCAUCAAUGUCUUCUGACGAAUCUUCACGUCCUCCAGCCGCUUCGUAGAGCGUCGGAAGCCAGUCGCUUAUAUGGAAAAGGUCAUCGUUAAUCGGUUCGAUGUUGUUUCUGAGCUUUGCCGGCAGCCAGACAAACGCUGGUGUAUGUAUGCCUCCCUCAAAGUACAUGCCUUUUCCGCCGCGAAAUGGCCAGUUGUUUGCCGCUCCGAUCGGUUGUAUGGGGAUGACUUGUUGAGGAAUCUGUCCUCCGUUGUCCGAAGCAAAAACGAUUAUUGUGUUUUGUAAUUGGUUUUUGGAAGUCAAAGCCGCGUGAAUCCUCCCGACCGCAUUAUCCAACCCAGAAACCAUUGCUAGUGCAAUUACACAGAUUAAAACAAUCAUUUCUCCUGCCAGAAACUACUGCUCGUACAGACAGUUAGUACUCGUAGUCUCGUAGUAGUGCUGUUAGGUUGACGUAGUGCUGACGUUUGAAUGCCAAAACAUAGACCGCUGAACGGCAUUGUGUAUCUCCUGGUAAAAUUUUUAUCUUCCCGAUUUUUAAUGUUUGGCUUAAGAACUCAUUUCAACAAAAAUAAAUUUUUCUCUACAUGUACACAUACCGGCAUAGUUUUGUCGAUUGCUGUCGGUUAUUUCCUGUAUUCCAGGGCGCAAAAGAUACUGCGGAGUCGCUUGGAAUGGCUCUCGAUAGGUAGCUACAUGUGGCGCGUUAGGUGCAAAGUAGAUGAAAUAAGGCUGUCAAUUAAAAUUUAAA